AUGUUGUUUCUAUGUAAAAUCUAUCUAUCUAUCUAUCUAUCUAUCUAUCUAUCUAUAUGUCCGUGUGUCUGUCUGACUGUCUAUCUACCUACCUAUCUAUCUCAGUCUAAGCACGUAAAAAAAGGAUUGUUAUCUAUCUAUCUAUCUAUCUAUCUAUCUAUCUAUCUAUCUAUAUAUCUAUCUCUACAUUUUCAAUGGGUUUAUUGUCGUAACGAUGCUUCACCGCCAUUUUGUUUUCUAACAAAAUCCCUCUAUUGUGCUUUCUCUCUCUCUUGUCACAUCCUAUCUCUCCUUUUUACUCUCUCUAAAUCUUCUCCCUUUACCUGUCUUGUACGCUUUAUUUUAUCUCGUUCACACACGGAUCUAUGCUUUCUUUCUUUCUAUUUCUUUCUAUUUCUUUCUUUCUUUCUUUCUUUCUUUCUUCUUCUUCUUUCUUUCUUUCUUCUUCUUUCUUUCUUUCUUUCUUUCUUUCUUUCUUCUUUCUUUCUGAUGUCCCAGUUGCCUUUAUUUCGCACAACAAUCAAUGCAUCUAGUUUACAUAUAAAGGACAGAUGUUUUUAUUCACUGUGA